CUUCCUUCGGCUCCGCGAUGCAUUCCGCCAAGGAUGAGGAGGAUGAGUGGGAUCUCAAUCCAACCAUAACAUAUCGGCAUCUUCUAUCGAAUAUACCUCAUGUUUACAACCCUCUUCGUGUUGUAACCCUGUGCGAUAACGAUGCAUUUUAUGCUGCGUGUGAACGAAUCCGACUUGGACUUCCUCCAGAGACCCCGGUCGCUGCCCUACAGUGGGAUUCGUUGAUUGCUGUCUCAUACCCCGCACGAACAUAUGGCGUGAAACGCAUGGAUAAUGUCAAAGAGGCCAAGAAAAAAUGUCCAAAUUUAGUAGCGGUACAUGUUAUGACCUACAAGGAAGGCGACAGUGAACCAGCGUAUCAUGACAAUCCUGAUCCCCGACAUUACAAAGUCUCUCUGGACCACUACCGCCGUGAGUCUAAACGUAUAGUGGAUGUGUAUCGAGAGAGGCUUCCUCCUGGAGCCGAGCUUGAAAAAGCGUCUAUUGAUGAAUGUUUCUUUUGCCUUACUCUUCCGGUUAGGGACAUACUUCUGGAGAGAUACCCGUACCUAGGGCAAGUGCCUCCUGAGGCUCCUAACGGACUUGAUACUCCUCUACCACCACCUCCGUUGACGUAUCCCUUCGAGGGAUUAGGGAAUCUAAUUCCAAUUGUCCCGUCGUCACCGACCUCUCCUACCGAUUCGAAGCCAGAGUGCAGUAUUGUAAAUCCUUCCAAUUCUCCUCGCAAGGGUCAACCCGAACUUCCUGAGGUAAUGAGGAAUGAAUCCAAUGCCUCGACAUCCAAACACCCUGUAACAUGGCAUGAUAUAGCUCUGGGCAUAGGGGCAGAGAUCAUGCUCAAAAUGAGGACGGAAGUAAAAGAGAAAUUGGGUUACACGACGAGCUGUGGAAUCGCUCGUAAUAAGCCAUUAGCAAAGCUCGUCGCUUCCUAUAAGAAAUUAGACCAGCAGUCCAUCCUCCGAAAUGCAGCGAUACCUGGAUAUUGGAGGCCUAUGCCAUUCCAGAAUAUCCGCUUUCUUGGUGGCAAGCUUGGUCGGACGCUUUCGGAUGACAUGGAUGCGGAGACCGUUGGUGAUCUAGAACAUAUUUCACUUAAUGAGAUGCAACGAAUGUAUGGAGAAGAAUCUAUAUGGGUGUGGCAAGUCCUAAGAGGAAUCGACAGGAGUGAAGUGACCGAAAGAACGAUAACCAAGAGUAUGCUAGCUUCGAAGAACAUUCAGCCGGCUUUCACCGACCCUGAUGAAGGGGAACAAUGGAUUCGCUUGCUUUCGUCUGAGCUAGCUAUUCGUUUGGCCGAUGCGAGAGAAGUGACACCCACAAUCUGGCCGAAAACUAUCGCCGUUCAUUUCUCCCAAGGCUCUGAGCGGCGUGCCUCCAAACAAUCGCCUUUCCCUUAUACUCGUAACCUCACGGCGACUUAUGUUGGCAAUGUGGCGCUUAAAUUGUGGGAGGCUCUCACAAAAGACAAAAAGGAGAAAUCGGGUUCCGGAAAAAUCCAUAAUAUUGGUGUUUCGUUUGGUGGGCUGAUGGCGGCGGAGACUGGACAGAGAAGUAUCAAGGGUUUCCUAGCUGCUCCCAGACCUCGAAGAGAUGGUUCUCCGUUAGUCGCUUUCCUGAAACUCGAACCCACUGAAGGUCAGGACCGUUUGAAAAGGAGACCGAGAGAUCAGAGUAGUCCGGAGCUACAAGAAGCUGCUGGUUCUAGUGACAGCAACUCCUUCGUUUGCUCUCGUUGUUCCAGACGAAUUUCAUUGCCAAGCGACUCGAGGGAGGGUCUCGACGAUCGGGAUGCGAUGGCAUCCUUGAAGAUGGAGCAUGAGGAUUUCCAUUUCGCGCAAGAUUUAGCUCGAGAGGACCAUGAUUUGAGCCCGAGUCGUACAAGCAUGGCAUCGAGGGAGGUCUACCCCGAUAGGCCCUCGACGAAGAAACCGCGUAAGGAGUCUCACUCAGCUGGUGGCCGAAAAGCAGCCAAAGAUGGGAUUGCCAAAUAUUUCUCCCCGGGGCCACCUACGCCCUCCUCAUCCUCCAAGGCACUGAGAUAACCAACAAUCAAUGUUGCAUUGGGUUUGAGCCACCCGUGUGCGCGUUAAUCGUGUCCGGAAAAGCACUUUUUUCUCAAUCUACGACAAGCGUACCAAGUUACGAUACAUGAAGAGUCGUGGGCGAAAAGAUGAAGAGAAUAUCCAAGUUACUUUUUAAACCAUUUUGGAAUCUUCUUUCCCAAGCUAGAGGCGAGGGGGCCCAUCUUUGAGGAAGAUGAAGAUGGAG